CUAUUAUAUGCUCAGCUGUCUGAUUGAGUUAUUUCUGUUUGUCCGGUUAAAAUUAAACUACUUCAAUAAAAUCAUAUCAAUCAAAAAAAGAAAAAUGCAAAGCGGAGCAGAUGAACCUUCUGGUUCAAUGUCAAAUGGACGUAAGAAUAAUCGACCACCAGGAUUACGCGGCAAGGAGAUUGGCUUAUACUACCGGAACCUUUCGCGUCAGCGUAAGAAGGAACGCGGUGAAGAACCUCCUCGCAUACGUAUGGGUACGGAUUUGAGUUUGCCACCGGAGAUUUUAAACAGGGUCAAGAGUUGCCUGGAGCGCUUUAAAAUCGCACCAGCCGAACAGGAGUUCGAUGUGGAGAUCAAUAAUUAUUUUCGUUAUUUGUUAAAUGUCAAAUUUGAAGAAUUUAUUGAUGAAAAAAAGAAAAUGCAUCAGGACAUGGAUUUUAGUGAUUCCAGAUUGGAUAAAAAAUUACUGACAGAAUAUGAAAAGCGUAUGCAAUUCAACCAUCGCGAUGAGCGUCAGAAGGCGCGUCUAAAACUGCCCACAAUGGCAUAUAGCCAACAUAUUAUAGAGGCAGUGAAGCAGAAUCAGGUCAUAUUAAUAGUGGGCAGCACGGGCUGUGGCAAGACCACCCAAGUGCCGCAAAUCCUUUUGGAUUACGAAAUCUCCCAGCGCACAGGAUCAUCAUGUCGCAUUAUAUGCACUCAGCCGCGUCGAAUUUCGGCCAUAACUGUGUCGGAACGCGUGGCCUAUGAACGUGGCGAAAACCUUGGCCAGUCGGUUGGCUAUCAAAUUCGUUUGGAGAGUUGCAAGGCCAGGGACCGUGGGUCUAUUAAUUUUUGCACAACAGGAGUACUCCUACAACAGAUGCAGUCCGACCCUCUGUUGCACGGUGUUAGUGUCUUGAUUUUAGAUGAGAUUCAUGAGCGUAGCAUGGAAACAGAUAUGUUAAUGGCCCUACUUAAGGUUAUAUUGCCUCAUCGCCCUGAACUUAAAGUCAUCCUUAUGAGCGCCACUGUUAAGGAACAGGAUUUCUGUGAUUAUUUCAAUAAAUGUCCCAUGUUUCGCAUUGGGGGAGUAAUGUUUCCCGUAGAAGUGCUCUAUCUGGAGGAUAUUCUAUCACUGACUGGCUACCAGUUUAAAAGUAAAAGUAAUCGUCGCAGGAAACCCGAAGCUAUACUGGAACACAAAAAUAUGGUGGAGCCCUAUAUACGGACUAUACGUGGCAAAUAUGACAGUCGGGUUUUAGAUGCUUUGCGUUUACCCGAGUCUGAAGGUUGUGAAUGUAUCGAGUUCAUAGUGGACCUCAUUUAUUAUAUAUGCGAACGAAAGCCAGAAGGGGCCAUUCUUGUCUUUAUGCCAAGUUUCGAAAGAAUUUCGCAACUGUUUAAUCUGCUAGAGAAACCAAAAUCGCCAAAAGGAGAACAUUGGCGUGAUCAAUUAAUUCUCCAUCCCCUGCAUUCUUUGAUGCCAUCCGUAGAGCAGCAGGCAAUUUUUCGACGUGUUCCACAAGGCAAACGUAAGGUGAUCAUAUCCACGAUUAUAGCAGAAACCUCGGUUACCAUCGAUGAUGUGGUGUAUGUCAUUAAUACCGGACGCACCAAGACAAGCAGCUACGACAUUGAAAGCAAUAUUCAAAUGUUGGAAGAGGAUUGGGUUACUCUGGCCAAUACGCAACAGCGUAAGGGUCGUGCCGGCCGUGUAAGUCCUGGCAUAUGCUACAAUCUCUUUAGUCGAGCCCGUGAGCAUAGAAUGGCCGAAAUACCCACGCCAGAGAUUCUACGUUGCAAAUUGGAAUCGAUUAUAUUGAGUUUAAAGUUGCUACACAUUGAUGAUCCUCAUCAAUUUUUGCAAACUGUGAUAAAUGCCCCGCCUAAAGAAGCUAUUAAUAAUGGUAUACAGUUACUGAAACGCAUUGAAUGUUUAGACUGCUCUGGCACUCUUACUCCACUGGGAAUGCAUUUGGCAAAGUUACCCAUCGAUCCACAAAUGGGUAAAAUGAUCUUAAUGUCGGCAUUAUUUGGUUGCCUUGAUCCCAUCACAUCGGCGGCUGCGGCUUUAUCGUAUAAAACUCCCUUCUAUUCCCCCCUGGGCCAGGAGAAACGUGCCGAUGAAGUUAAACGUCAAUUCGCCCGUAAUAUGCGCAGCGAUCAUUUAAUGAUACAUAAUACAGUUGUUUGUUUCCGUGAAACUCGGCAGGCUUGCCGUGAACGGGAAUAUUGUUAUAAUAAUUUCUUAAGUAUCACGACCUUAAAUCAAUUGGAACGCAUGAAAAAUCAAUUCUCAGAGUCUCUACAUAAAUACAAAUUCCUUAAAUAUGCAAAUUGCCAACAUCCUGACUCGAAUAAAAAUUCGGAAAAGAUAACUCUAUUACGUGCCAUUAUUGGAGCUGGCCUCUAUCCCAAUAUGGCCCAUUUACGGAAAGCCCGUCAGUUAAAGAAUCGUGUGCGUGCCAUUCAUCAAAUGACCACGGAUGAUGGGCGACGUGUUAAUUUCCAUCCAUCUUCUGUGAAUAGUGGUGAAUUUUCGUUUGAGUCUGGCUAUUUUGUAUAUUUUCAACGUCAGAAAUCAAAUGAUCUUUAUCUGCUUGACUCUACCAUGGUAUUUCCCAUGGCUUUACUCAUAUUUGGAGAUGAUGUUGCGAUGGGAGUAUAUGAAAAUAUACCAUAUCUGUCUGUUGCCAAAACAUAUUAUUUUAAAUGCAAUGAAGAAACCGCCAAUUUAGUUAUUGAAUUGCGUGGAAUGCUUAAAAGAUUGCUACUUAAGCAAGCUCUUCAUCCAGCUCCACUCAACGAUUGUGGUGAUGAUAAUUUCUUGCUGGAGGCAAUCGAAUUGAUACUUUCGUUGGAUGAGGUUGACGAAGGGGACUGUAUGUCCGCGGAGGAGGAAUUUUAAUCUACAUAUGUCGGUACCAAAAAUAUUUUAUGCGCACUUCAAGAGGCAUGCGAUAACGAAUAUCAAAAAUAAAGACAAAUUCCGUUUGAAUCCUA